AUGCGUCUCUUGACGGUUUUCACGCUGAUUGCGGCUUCCUUCCUGACUACCAGCGACGCGCUUUCAACGACCGUCGUCAACACUAUCAACAGGGCUUCUACCGAUGGUCCAAGCGGUCGACUGCUGAGGACCCACCACGCGGCCAUUGAAGAUGACAAUGAUCUCGAAGAAAGGCCCUUUUCUUCUGACCAAGUGAAGCAACUCAUGAAAGCAGCUAAAGACGGACGUUUUAGCUACACAAAGGCGUUAAACAUUCCAGGGUACGUAAACUCGCUGACGCCGGAGCAAUUUAGGCACUUUAAUCAUCGUCGGAACAAGUUUAUCGUUACAAAACAAAAAAGCGAAGAGAGCGUAAGUCGCCUCUGUAAACAGCAGAGAUCUCCGAACAAGACGGUGUGCGUUCUAGGCUCGUUAAGAAAUAUGGAAUGUCUUUUAGAGAAUUCUUCGUAUUUUGCUGCGUCAAAUUGGCGGGAAGAAGGGCAAACUACAUGCACUAGUUAG